AACAAAUCACUGCCAAUACUUCUGUUCGGCACUGUAUGUACAAAGGCGGUCGUCGCACAGUGGAACUUGGAUAGGUUACACCUCGAAACCCAGUAAACUUAUAUAAGAACAUAUAAUUCGGUUCCUAAUUUUGGCAUAAAAAAUAGACUGAAUCAGCCGAUAAUUCGAGAUUACUUCUCUCCGUUUCUCGUAAUUAAGAGACAGAAAGUGUAUUAUAAGAGAUUAUAGCAGCGAAGCGAUUUUUUGCGAAAAAAAACUUGAUAUUACAAAAUAGUUGGCUCUUAAUUUUUCGAGCUAUGCACGUUUUACUGUAUAAAAAGCUAUACAAAUGGUUGUCCUGACAACACCUUGCAAAAAAGCCUAGGACACAACAAAUGUAAUUUCCGUCGCAAUGGUGCUUUAGUGAAAAAUCAGUCAUUCGAUUUGAGUUGCAGCUCAAAUUAGUUGACCUAAGGACGUUACGCAAAAAAAAUUAAAAAUUUUUUGCAAAAAUUCCAACAUGACUGAAGACUCGUGGGUGUUAGAUUCGCUGGUGUGCUUUCUACAUGGACCUGUUUGGAAUGCGCCACUUCAGACGUUCAUCGAGGAGAAAUCAUUAGUUUUCGAUCCCAAUAUGCAAAUUGAUGAGAAUAAUUCCGACAUUGUGGCCAUACAUAAUGAGUACAAGAAUCUAGUAGACUACAUGCUGGGCAGCUUUAUGGAAGAAAUGCAAAUUACUCCGGAACAAUUUGAGACGGCUUGCAUGGAAGGCCGAAACCCGGACAAUCAUUUGCACUUUCACCAGGGUCUUUUUCAGCAGAUUUGGGCAGCCAAUGAUAUAAAAAUGUUUAUACGCAUGAUGACCCAACGGAAUGUGGAGUUACAACUACAGGCAUUGGAUUUGAUUGAGAAAAAUCAAUUAGCUCUGCUGCAGGAGAGCGAACCCGCUGACAAUGCCAGCUCCACGGAAACCGGUAGUUCUCAUUGUGAAAAAUAUGAUGAGGUCGAGGAUUUUAUAGCGAAGUCCUUGGAGAAGGAACUAGAAAGCCCAGAAGCGGCAGUAACCCCUGAACCGGAGAGUGUAGACUCAAGCGUGAACGAAAAAUUUGCGCGUUUGAAUUUAUUCUUCGACAACCAAAGGAUUGAUCCCGAUGAUGUUGUGUCGCGUCAGGAAUACCUUCGCCAGCAACGUGAUAAAAUUGUUGAAAUUAAGAAAAAGACACGCGCCAAGCAGCUGCUCGAAACGGUGGCGCGCAAAAGUGCUACCAGUCAGGCGUCGUCUACUGGACGUCCGUCCUCAGCACAAGUGGCGCAGAAAUUGCUGGAAAACGGCGGUAAAGCCACCGAGCUGCUAGAAAAGGAAAACGUUGGUGAAGGCGCAGGUGAAGGUGAGCCGCAGAGUUCGGCGUUGCAAUUGCGUAAGACCUUGGCUAAACGUUUGCGGGCCGAGGUGGUGGAACAUGAGUAGAAAAAGCUAUUAAGUAAGGUUGUAAUUAGCUAAAAAUUGUACUUUUUCACUUUUUAGUGCAAUAAAUGAGUAAUACCCGUAUUCAGAAUUCUUCCGAAGUAAAGUAUUUACAUAUGCAGGUGAAAUCCUAGAUAUAGUAAACUUUCAUCGAAGUCUCACGUUGAGAAGAAGAUUUCCGAAUUCUUAAUAUCAUUCUGGCAAUGUAAACGGGUCUUUGGUAAAACGAGGGCUGUUCGCAGCUAGAGGAAUCCUGUGGAUUUACACCUCUAUGAAAAGACCCAUAAUCAGCUACGUAUCUAAAUCAAUAGCUUGGCAAAUUCACUUGCCAAAUUUCAAAAAACGAUACCACACCUUAAGUGAAAAAAAUU